CCCGAAAGACUACAUUUCCCGUCAUGCUCUUCUGCGCCGCACUAACCGACAGCGUAGCACCAGCGAGCUGCUUAUUUUCUGUUUGAAACUAAUUAAUUUGGGCUUAAACGCGAGGUUUUUGUUAUCGGUAACGGGGAUGUUUUCUUUUUAAAACUCCCCAAACGCUGCUUUGCCGAUGAAAACAAGGAUUUGUGCCUCAGAAACUCGCCUUUUCUCCGCGAACAAUUCAAAUUAUGCGUUAGCCUAGUGCUAACGUUAGCUAAACAGGCGUCUCUUUCUCAGCAGCUCGGCUUUUUUCGGUUUAAACCGCCGAAAAUAAGCAGGUUAGUUUGAAGGACUGAGCACAUUUUACUUCACAUGUGUUCCAGAUGCGUGUGGUUCACCUAUAGCGGUGAGAAUGGGAGCUGGUAGUGACGGUCGGCGGGGUUUUACCUGUAAAUAGCGGCGGUAACGUUAACCUGCGCGACAGGCGUCGUGAUGGAAGACGAAGACUUCAUCCUCGCCCUGCAGCUGCAGGAGCAGUUCAAUAACGAAGCCCUGGCUCCUUCAUGGGCCGAAGACAACGAUGGCUUCCCUUUCAGUAAGAAACGAAGGGUUGAUUCCUCGGACUGGACCCCUGUCCGUCCUCAGGCCCCCAUGUCCAUAGUGGAUGAGAGGUGGGAGAUGCUGGACCCCAGUCCAGAUGUACGGGCCAUGUUCCUGCAGUUCAACGACAUGUUCUUCUGGGGGAAACUCAGCGGGGUCGAGGUCAGGUGGAGCCCACGAAUGACACUGUGUGCUGGAGUGUGCUCUUAUGAAGGGAGAGGUGGUUUGUGCUCAAUCCGUCUCAGCGAACCUCUUCUGAAACUCCGACCUCGAAAAGACCUGGUGGAGACUCUUCUUCAUGAGAUGAUCCACGCUCUCCUGUUUGUGACCCAGAACAACAGAGACCGGGACGGUCAUGGGCCGGAAUUCUGCAAACACAUGAACCGAAUAAAUGGCGCCAGCGGAACCAACAUCACUAUUUACCACUCCUUCCAUGAUGAGGUGGAUGUUUACCGGCAGCACUGGUGGCGUUGCGAUGGACCGUGUCAGAACCGCAAGCCGUUCCUCGGUUACGUGAAACGAGCGAUGAACCGAGCCCCUUCAGCCAGAGACCCAUGGUGGGAGGACCAUCGGAGAACCUGUGGAGGAACGUUCACUAAGAUCAAAGAGCCAGAAAAUUAUGGGAAAAAGGGCAAGAACGAGGAGAAGAAGGACAAGAUCGCAUCCAAGAAGACUGCAAGCAAAAUCGCACCAGCCAGCAACACCGCAGGUUCUGGUUCUCAGGAUAUCAGGAAUAUCAUUCCUUUCAGUGGCAGGGGUUUUGUUCUUGGAGGGAGCUCACAGCCAUCAGCAUCCAUGCAGAAGCCACCCAGCCAAAGUCCCCCUCCCUCACAGAGAACACCAGAGGAACCAGCUAAAACGUCAUCCAUAAACAUUGAAACACAGUCCAGCCCGAUCCAUUUGGACAGGAGGAUCAGCACCAGCAGUGCAACCGUGCUUCCUAAACGGUCCGUCAGCAACACCAAAGCCUUCAUCAAUAUCAACGGCUCUCCUGUUAGAAUCACAAGAGACAACAGUAGCCUGAUGAGACCUAAACAGAGGACGGUGCAGGACCUUUUCCAGGCCAGAAGCCUGAGCUCCCCUGAGAAAGCAGCUAGCACCUCAAGUGCCACAAAAGCCGUCACGUCUUCCAUAGCCUCAAACCAGCUUUCCAGAAUACCAGCUCUGGGUAGUGCCUUGGACCACAAACCCUUGGGGCAGCCUUCUCUCUGUACAGACUGUACCAAAACUAACCUGUUUAACAAGAGCUCCUCUAAUAACCCUGUUGGAUCAAAGCCUGCUUCUGCAGGGCCACUCCUAUCUAAAUACUUCGGCAGCCCCAAGAAUUCCACAGCCGGAACACCAGGUUCCAGUGUGAAGCCAGAAAGCAGCUCUAGCUCUCUGACUGCCAACUCAAAACACUUUGGAAGCCCCGUAAAGCUUGGUUCACAUGUUCCAGCCUCAACGUCCAGACCCUUUGGAAGCCCUCACAAGUCGGGCACGGCUGCUCCCGGAGGGAGGAAAAGAUUGCGGGACGAUCGUAAUUCUGCGCACAUAUUUGAUUUCUUUCAGCGAGAAGUCAGGCAAUCAUCUGCUUCUGCCUCCUCAAGCGAGCGGAGAGAAGAGGGAAGGUCUGCUGCUGGGACAGCAGGUAGCGCCCCCCACAGCUCUUCAGCUCCCUCCGCUGUCGCUGUGCACUGCCCCGUGUGCCAGAGCCAAGUGCUCGAGUCGCAAAUCAACGAGCAUUUAGAUUCCUGCCUUAAGUGAUCAAUACACAGAAGCAGAGUUGAAUGUCUGCUUGUGUUUGUUUUUACCACUUUGUGAGGACCCGAUGCCUUCACGAUGACGAAGCGUGACGGAUUCGUGAUGAGUGCCAGGAAACAUGCAGCCUUUACCCCACAUAGAGCUGUUUGUUUUUAGAGGGUUGCAUUUUAGUUACUGCUUUUAAGUGAGAUGCAGGUACAGCAUUAUUGAGCUACAGUAAUACAGUGGAAGUCCUCACAAAGAUAGUAACACCAACCUGUAUGUGUGUUUUCUAUUCCACAUUUACUGAAACUUGUUCAUGACGUAUUCAGGCCAAAGUCAGUAACCCUCAUCCUUUAAUGUUUGAUCAAAGUCAUAAUAAUUGAUGAGCCUCAGUGAUCUAUAAUGCAGUGCUUGUCUGGUGGAGUCUCCGCUCAUUUUAAUGCACAUUUGAAUAAGUUGUGAGUUUUAAAACCCCCAACAAAUGGCUCAUCCACAGUAUUGGGCUGCAUAUAGAUUGCACUCGGAAUUACGUUACAAUAGAAAUCGCGGACGCUGCUGUUAUUUUCCCACCGCUUCAGAGUUUGAUUGCGUGCUCUUAAUGACCUUCUGUCCCCAGGAGAGCAUCAUCAUUAUGGCAAAAGCAUUGGUCUGGGUUACUGUGAUUGACAGCAUAACUGACAUCAGGCCGGCGGUUUGCGAACUCGCAGCGGUCCUUGGGCCGCUUUUAUGCCAAAUCAGCCGUAUUGAAUUUCGCUGUUCACCUCUCUGGGUUUUAAAAAGUGCUCCGCUGGCUGCAAGGUCAGCCUGUAGAGAGGACGUUUCCAACUCUGGGUCAUCAAUAUCAUCUCCGGGUGCUGCUUUUCUUCAUUCUGCGUGUCGGUGUCGCGUCCGUGAGAAGAAUCAUGCCUGUUUAAAGAUCAGCCCCACCCAAAAGCAUCUUGGGCUGCGUUUGUUCUUGGCUGACCGACUGAUAUAACGACGUCUGGCGAACAAGCCGCUGCUCAGGUGACACAACAUACAUCACCUUUCACAAGCACGCUCAGGUGAGAUGUAACACGCUGCUGUGUGUCAUGGGAGAAUUCCUCCUUCGUGACUCAUAAAAGCCAUUAUGUUGUUCCAGACGUGUUGCAUAAGUCGUCCGUUUGGAAUUCGUAAAGUAAAGAUUUGGAUUUUCCGGCUUUUUUAUAGCGGUUCGGGUUUUCAGCUGUAACUGGACCCUCAGACAUGUUCAGAGGUUAUAUUUGCAUCAAUAACUUUAGUUUUAGGUUCUGUGUUCAGCAUUUCAGGACUGAGCAUGAUGCUCUAUAUAUUAUGUUUUAUUUGAAAAGUGAAUAAAUACCAGUGAUUAUUGCUUAAUU